AUGGCGUCCGAAUCCAAUGAAGCCGGAGGCUCCAUCCCUCAUGAUACAGGCAACGGCCAGUCCUCGAAUCCCACUCCCGAGACUGAUCUCUCAGCUCAGACACCGCGGGCAGCUGAUCAAAUGCUGAAGCAUAAACACGACCGUGAAGUCCACGACAAAAAAUGGUGGGGAGACAGACACACUCUUCCCGCUCCCGAAGACCCUGACCGGAAGUUCGUAUUUGCAACCACGUCAAACGCUACCAUCACCGACGACGAAGUUACCGCGGAGGUGAGAAAUUGGAAAAAGAAGAUGACAAACCCGACGACUGGAGAAGUUGAACCAAUGGGUCUGCAUCUUCGACAAAGCAGCCCCCCAGUUGGGAGGGCGGAGCGGGCUCGCGACAAGCUCAUUGAGCAAAACAUCGAAGUUUCCGACGAGAUGUACAAGACCAUCUUCGAUCAGUACACCCAAAACUCGGGCCUAGAUGCCUCUAUGUUGGAGUUCUUUCGGGACAAGAAAGAAGUGCCCGUCGAGUAUGUCAACGAACUCCGGCGCCGGAUUGACCGGCUGAAGAUGGAGAUGGGCAAGCAGCUCGCUAAAAGAGACGGGGAGUUUCACAAGCUGGAAACCGACUUUGAUGACUUCAAGAAAGACAGCGAGAAAGAGAAACUGGAGUUGGCGAAAGAAGUACAAAGGUUGCGAGAUUCUCCCAAUGUGGGUAAUGAUGCAACCAGAGAGACUUCCGGGGCCAAUGCGGAGGACGACAAUACUUGGAUUGGGGAUGGUCCUCAAGAAAACGAGAGGGAGAUUGAGAUUCUAAGAGACGCAAAUGUUUUUAUGUCGACCGAGCUUGAGAACCAGAAGAGUAAGAAUACGUGGUUGGAAGCUGAAAAUGGACGCCUUGAAUCGGACCUGAAGGCACUUGAGGAUGGAGUGAAGAAACUGACCCAAGGGUUUUACAACGUUCAGGGCGACUUGUUGAGCACGACCCCGGAGCUUACUGCGGAACCGGAGGCGAUGAGCCUUGAUACCGGGCUGGAUAACCGCUCUGACGGCAAGAACCCUCUCCAUCCUGCCGAUUCAUCUUCCUCGAACGAUCUCGGCGGAGAAGGACGAAACUUCGGAACUAUCGUCAACCAGCUCGAGGAUGAAAUAGACUCGGUGAAAGCAAAGCAUUCCGCUUGCGCAGAAGAGAAUGACAAGCUCAAAGCAUUCUUUGGUAAAAUGCACUCCGAGGUCCAGACGACGCGAUCUGGCUGGAGUUUGUUUAUCAAACAGGUCUCAGAGAUGCCGGAUGAGGAGCAGGAGUUGUCUGCGGAAACUCGGCUUCUCAUUACGAAGAUGUACGAGGGUUGGGCAGACUUGGAGCGGAAGUUCCUCACAGGUUGGCCGGGAGCUCAGUCCUCACUGAAGGAUGGACAACUCCGACGGGAUGUUCUCACGCAUGCCGCUUUGGACAAGGCAGUAAUCUCACUGCAGCAGAAAUUCGAGCAUGUAGUAGAGCUCACUCUCGCGCUUAAUGAGAAAGAGAAGGAAUACGUUGCGACGCUCAACAGGCAGGACAUUAUGCGAACGAAUGACAGUGAGCUCAGGCAAGAACACGGCGAGGCACUUAACAACGACGGAAACGAUACAAACCCACUUCCACAGGCAUGGGAGGAUUCUGAAAAUCGAGGCACUGAGGGUGUUGUUGACGCAGCUGGAGUAAUUUGGUGAAGAUAAGAGAGCUGGGGUUGGAGGCAGAGAAAGAGCUAGCUACUAUCUAGUCUCAACACAGGUUAACGUCUAGGGAAAAGACGAAGACUAAAUUUUGAGCCUGGAAUCGUAGAGUUGAUCGAAUUCUGAUUAAUUUGUAUUUCGUUGCACGUUUUCUCGUUCAAUAGCAAAUAAUUCUAUCGUCGUAACUCUAACCUGUCUCGUUAUUGCCCCUGGUAAGCUCAUAUAUAUCAUGAUGGCGUUUUUCUAUCGCGCGUAUGCACCCUCUAUACAAUGUGAGACAUGUGCACU